AUGUACAAGACCGUUCAGCCUCGACGACGGCGACAUAUCAGCCACACUCCAACUUGGCCGCGGACCCGAUCUUUCAACCAUGACGGCGCUGCCGACGAGGAAAGCAACACACACGAAGAGGGCAACCAUCUCCUCAACAGCAAAAUCGAACGCGGCCGGCGCGUACACCUGGUGGCGCUCCAAUGGUGGGCCGACGAAUACAAGUCCGCCAUCAUCUGCGGCCUCAGCAUCAUCAUCCUCUCCGUUGUGCUCUGGCACUACGACGGCAAGCUCGUUCCCCGUCUGUCACCCGGCCUCGAUCUAGAAAUGCUGGUGAUUGCCCUGGUCACGAUCAGCCGCGUCGCCAUAAGCAAUGUGGUCGAGGCCUGCAUCUCCCAGUGCGCGUGGAUCUGGAUCGCCAAGUCGCAUCAGCAGCGCACAAACACGGUCGCGCGGCUGGAGGACUUUAAGCUAUUUGACGAAGCCUCGCGAGGAUUUCUCGGAAGCGUUGCCCUCCUCUAG